AUGGAGACGGAGCUGUCUCUGGCCUUGGGUCGCCCUGAAACCGGCGACAGCGGGGUGGCCGGCCGGGGUGCGGGCAACGGCGGGAAGGCCGACGAUGAGGUCCAGCCGCUGUUCCCGUGCCUCUUCUGCGACAGGAAGUUCCUCAAGUCGCAGGCCCUCGGGGGCCACCAGAACGCGCACAAGGAGGAGCGCGCGGCCGGCUGGAACCCCUACAUCUACGGCCGCUACCCCGUUGCCAAUCCCACCUCGUCUCGCGCCGCCGCCAACAAAAAGUCGAUCCCUAUGGCCACGCACGGUGGUGGCGGAGCCGCCGCCGCACCGCCCCUCCAUGUCGUUCGUGAGGCUGGCACGCUGGCUCCGUCCGUCCACGGCGUGCGAGCGGGAGCCGGCCCGUUCUACGGCGUCCACGACGAUGUGGGGGACAUGCUAAGCUCGGAAAGGUCACCGGCCGCUGAGCCGGCAUCGGAGAGCAACACCGGCGUAGGGAUCGACCUGGAGCUGCGACUCUAG